AUGAAGAGGCAGGACAUCGCCGAAUUGAAAGACAUUUGGGGGACAGACGAGAAGGUGCUCGAGGUGCUUCAGAAGCUGAUACAGGUGGCGUCACACCUGUCAUGCGCUGUGCGUGCGCCUUCUCAUUACGAUCUGGGGCUAGCCCAACUCGACCUUCUCGCGCGUGACGUGGUAAGUCCUUCUGACCUCUAUUAUUCCUGUGACGGGCAUUGGUGUGCAUGGUUUUGAGCGGCAUACAAUAGAUUGUGGUGCUUGCGUCACUGCGGUCUCAUUUUAUCCCAUCCUGCAUUGGGCUUUGUUUUGUUUGGGGGUGCACACACCAUAUAGGAAAGAUUGCCAUGCUCGGCGAUCCAAUAUCGUUGGAAUGCGUGUUCCUAAUAUCAUGCCGGUGCCCAUGGCACCUCUCUCACACACACCCUAAAAAAAAAACGGCGAUGCACGAAAGCGCCUCAAAACGAACCCGGGUGAUCGCGUUUGUUGUCACCCCUACCAGCGAAAAACACCUCGUCGCUUGCUUUAUUCGUCUUGCUUUUGGGUAGCCGCCAAUGGAGACUUCUUCCGCGACCUGCAAAUCGACGCAUUCCCGCAACGUGUUUUACAUGGUGCCACUUCUGCUACCGCUGUUGCUACUAUUCGCCGUCGUCGCAGCCGUUGGAAAGGCCAGACAUCGUGCGUUCCAGCGACAGAGGCCCACGGGCAAGUGUGUUUUUUUGCGUGUCCGAGGGAGGCCCAAUAGACGAAUGAGACACAGCUCUAAUGACACUGCACCUCGGGUUGUUUUUUAGCUUGUUUUCUUCGCCCGUCUACAUUUGGAAACUCCCGAACUCCUUUCACCCAAGAACACGGCUUUUCGCAUUUAAUAUUACUUGAACGUUGCAACAUAUCAAGUAAAGCUAAUAUCUUCGAAGAAUAUUUUGUUCUUAUACCACUCUGCGUGUGAAAUUGUGCU